UGAAAGACGUUUGACGUUUGACAGUAUGUGAUUUUGAGGUUAUUUAAAUCUCUAAACUUUAAGCCAUCUCAUUCAAACCAUUAUUAAAACAUUAAAAAAUCGUGUUUUAUUAUAUUGUGUCAUAUAACGUAGAUGUUAUUAUUACUAUUUUGAAUGGACAAUAUUGCUAUCCAAAAAAUGAUGUAGUUAUAAUGCAUUCGUUGAGUAUCAAGAAGAUAAUGUUUUUCUUAACGGACAAUGUCUUUUAAAAUAUUUCUUAUAUCCUGAAGAGUAAUAAUAUAACUGCAUUUGCGUCAACAAAAAUGGCACUUGUCAAUAUCGAAGGAAUCGACCCUUGGCUUACGGAAUAUGAUGCAUGUGAAAAGUUGUUCCGUGAGAUUAUGGAACAGCUGACUUUGCGCGAAGGAGAACCAAAGGCAUCAAAGGUUUAUGCUAGCUUGUCUGCAAAUAUAAGAUUGCGUAUGAAACAAUAUACACGAGAAGUUCAGCAAUUAAAGAGCAAAGUGGAAGAAGCAUCCAAGUUAAAAACAAUAACAUUUGAGGAAGCUGAGCGCAGGACAAGGCAAGUGGAACAAUUACAAAGUAAAAACAUUCAGCUACAAAAAUUGUAUGAACCACAUACAAAUGAUUACGUAUCAUCGCGUGCGAGUUUAUUAAGAGCAGGUUCAUCAGUUUUCGCUGAUGGCGGCACAACCUCUUGGGCUGUUGAUGAUGAUGAUGAUGAUGAUAAACCAUUAAAUGUACAUGUAUCUGUUGGUGAUAUUGUGAAUCAUCAAGAGCAAAUAUUGAAAGAACAAGACAAGGGAUUAGAAGAAUUAUGUAAAGUGAUUGUUCGUCAAAAGGAGAUUGGACAAACUAUUAGCAAUGAGGUGGACCAUCAAAAUGUUUACAACAAAAUUUCGCUGCGCUAGCUAGCUUGUCACUAGAACUUGGGACCUCAACACAGAAAUCGCUACGAAGUUACAUCAAUUAUGAGAAUUUUCGUUAUUGUGAACCAAACAGCUUCCUGAUCGUAUAUAAGAAUAGUUUCUACGAAUAUCUGUCUACAUCAACAGCCGAUUAAACAUUUAUGCAACAAGGAGUCGUUUCGCUAAACAUUAGUUAAAGUUAACUGAUGUUUAAGCCGACGUUUUUCUCUGCCUCUUCCUAAAUACAGACGGCAAGCAAUAAAAAAAAAAGAUAAUAAAUCAUGCAGUUAAAUCUCAGUUAACUUCAAUUAAUCUUUACGAUAGUUGUUCAUACACGACAGUGCAAAGUAAACGCAAUAGAAUUUUCCCCAAAGCAUCGGUUAAAAACAUUCAGAAUUUCUCAACAAGAAACACGAGAUUUUUUUUUACAAGUAGUUGUGUAUAAUUGUAUUAUGAAUAGACGCACACACUGAUAACGUAGCAUACACAGCGUUAAUUAUGUGGUUCCGUAGCGAGACCAAAGUGGCUUGUGCGCUGACAACUGCAUUAAGACUAACCAUUGGCUUGUGUCUUAUCUUAAAUAAACUCUCUGACGCUCUCUACUUUCUCUCUCUCUCUCUCUCUCUCUCUCUCUCUCUCUCUCUCUGUAAUUGAUAAUAUAUAUAUGUAUAUAUAUAUUAGAAUAUUUUUUUUUGUAAUGUGUCAAAUGGGUCCCAUUAGCCGCUAAUCACUUCACGUUUAUGCCACUGGCCCGUGUUACGUCAACUCGUGUUCUCAAUGACGUGCUCAUUUUAACGAGGACGACAACUUUAUCUAACUAAACAUCGAAGAACAUCGAACUGUUUAUGCGUGUUCAAGUCUCCCUGCAGUCAGUCUGAAUCUAAUUGACAAUGUGUAUACCGAGGGUAUGUGUCUCCUUGUUGUGCUGCUUGCUUGAGUUUGUCCCUCCCAUCUUUUUUCUAUCUUUGAUCUCUUUUUUUCAUAUUUAGCUUACAAACUGCUAAUAUCGACUACAUGUAUGUGUUUUUAUAAGUGAGUAGAUAUAUAUUAUGCCAAUACCGAGCGUACGAUUUUUAGCGUUAAGAAUUCCGCGCUAGUCUCAUCUAUCUCUUAUGUAUAUAUACUCUAAAUAAACUCUACAUGUGUUCGUAUAGUUUUAUAGAGUAUAAAUAUAUCCAAGAUCUUUCAUCAUAUAUGUUAUCACAAAAACUAACUGACAUUCACAUACCAUCUUUUUUUCUAUUUUUCUAUUUAAUAUUUUUGAACAUAGAUUUUCAUUUUAUUUCAAAUGCAAACGAUAUAGAAAAAAAUACAAUUAAAAAAAAAAGAACAAAUCUAACAAUAAUAUUUUCUUAAUAGAAAAACACAUUUCAAAAAGUCUCUUUACGAUUUUAGAUAAAAUCACAUUUAAAGUAACUGAAAAUAUAUAAAUAUUAUAUGAUGUGUAUCUGUUUAUAUGCGUUAUAAUUUUAUCGAAUAUUUCCGUAAUUAAAUUUUUCAUUAAAUCUUUAUUAUUUAAAAAUCAUUUUCUAAUUCUGAUACGACGAUUAUUGAAAACAAGUAAGAUGGUGAGUGAAAUGAAACAUCCUGUAUAUCCUUGUACACCAGGCUAGUUUAUCAUUUGCAGUUUGGACACAAAAGCAUGAAUGUGUCCUACCUGUUAGAAUGCAUGAUAAUUUUUUCUUCUUUUUAUCUUCAAGUAAAUAAAAUGAUAUUGCGUAUAUAUAUUUCAUCUUUAAAGUAUUUAUAACAAUAUUUCAUCGGGACGCAUUUAUGAAAAAGACAUGCAUAAUGCGCCGUGACAUUUCUCUUAGGCAAAUGUUUGUCACACUGUUCAAUAGUUCAACGAAACAGUGUUUAUUUUUUGCUAUCGCAAGAUAUAAUACGCAGCGAAAAUGUAUAGUUAUUCUUUUAGCGAUUUCUUGCAAGAAAUGUUUUAGAAAUGUAUGCGAAAUACAUAUGUAUAUAUAUGUGGAAAUGCCAAAAUCUUUUGCUAUAGUUAGUUUUUAUGUCCCGUUUGAUACAUUCAGUGGCGGAUCAAAACAUCUCUGAGAAUGUCGCAUGAUUCAAGAACCUCAAUAUUUCUCUUUUAUAUAUAUAUAUAAAAUAAUUUUUUAUAUGUAAUAUCAAAUCAUAUAUUACUUAAAGACAUAUAAAAAUUUUUUUGUUUAAAAUUGAAAUAUCACGAAUAUUAAUUUACUAACUUUUGAUUUGCGAAAUUGAAUUAUAAUAAAGAUAAAUUUAAUAAUUAUACACUUGCGAGAUUUUCUUAUACGAAGCUACAGACAAUUACUGUGUCUUAUUAAUAAUCCGCCACUGGGUACAUUUUAAUUUAUUUCUACAGAGGCGAUACUGUUUGUCUCUGCAGAUGUAUUUAUAUUUGUUGUAUUUCUUAAUUCGAUAUAUAAGAUAGCUUCGUGAAAGGAGAAAAAUAUUAGAUCUCACCCGAGAAUGAUAGCGAGAAGUGCCACUCCCAUUAAUACAUGGCAAUGUACGAUAUCGAUGCGAGUUUGCAAUAAUGGCAACAUGAUUAAAUACACUAAUACGACUAUUAAUUAACAGAUCCGAUAUUCACGAAUGUAAGGUAAAAUUUAUAAAUAUUUUUAUCACUCUCUUGAGGAUCUCAUACAUACAUUGUUGCAAUGGUUGUAUUUACGUUACAACUAGACACUACGAAUGCAAUAAACGAAACACAAAAAACGCGUGUGAAACAAAAAUAAAUAAUCAACAGAAAGUUUAUUUCCCCCAGACAUACUUAAUUUUAUUUUUUUUUACAAUGCACAUUAACAUCUUGAUUUUUUACAUUAAGGCGAGGGUCACGUGAAUACUCUUUUUUUUCUCAAGCAUCUCAUUUGGCUUAUCAUUAUCUGCUAUCGCAGAUGCACAUACUUCGCUCUUUCUCGCUUUCGCGUAUAUAAUACUAUUACUCUUUUCGUACUGUUUCAAAUCCCCGGUGAAAAAAAAAACUACUCUAUAGAUUCCUCGAGCAAUAUUUCCGCUGUCGCACGCGCGCUUCGCAAUCAAGGAAGCGGAAGAGGAAGGACCUCUACCUUGAGGGAUAUGUGUGUAUGUGUAUAUAUGUGUGCGCGCGCGUGUAUGAUGUCGCACGUGCAACUGUGUGUACCAUCGAAGCGAUCAACAAAUUAUCUACGAAAGCGCAACUCUUUUUUUUCCUUGUUUUACUUAAUAUCACAAGG